AUGAGACUGGUGGCACACUUGAGUGCCAUCCGCAGCCCUGUGAAGUCGAUUGAAGGAAGUGAACGCGAACAGCCCUACCAAAACACGCGCAGGCCGCGGCCCCCUCGUUUCCAGGGGACUCGUUUCGGAGUCGGGGUUGCAGCCCACUGCACACGGACUUGGAAGCAAGUUUCGAGGAAUCAGCGCCGCUCGCUUUCUCGGCGGCGGUUUGUAAAGGACAAGAGGCCGAGCGAGCUGCGCCGCCCCCGGGAAGCGCCAGAAGGUAAACGCCACGCCUCCCGGUUCCCGGAGGAACAGGAGCAGGAGGGGGCCGGGGCCCGGCGCUCUCCCCAGGCCGCGGCGGUGGAGUCGGGGCGAGAUUCCCAGGCCUUGCCUUCCGCUCCGGUGCGCCUCGGGAGCGACGAGGGGCUGGCGCGCCAGCCGUGGGGCCGCUUGAAAGGGGGCGCCCCCCCCCGCCCCCCCGAGCGCGCAGAGGAUGGCCUCCCUCGCACGCCGGCCCACCCCGCUGGGCUCGCAGCUGCUGAGCCUGCCCCACCGAAGAGCGUUCGCAGCAGCAGCAGCGCGCGCCCCGGGCCGCCUCCCUCCCCCGGCCCUCCCCUUCGGAACACCGGCGAGAGCUGGCGGGGGCAGGGGGGGCAGCGGCCGGCGGCCAACACCACGCGCCUCUCCUCUCCACGGCAGGGUGGACGCUGCCUGGCCCCGGGGCUGGGAAUGACUUCUGCCCAGAGCGGGGCCGGAGCGGAUGAGCCCUCGCCUGCGCCGGCCUUCAGCAAGCCCGGGCCGGCGGGGGCCCCGGGGGCCGCCAUGGGUGGCGCGGAGGACGGCGAUAAGCCCAAGGCAGCCGCGCCGCCCGUGCUGCUGCUGCCCUUCAGCGUCGAGGCGCUCAUGGCCGACCGCAGGAAACCCGGCGGUGGCGGCGAUGCCAGAGACCCGCUGGCCGGCGGGGCCGAGCUAGGAGGGCCUCCGGCCCACCAGAGGACCCUCAGCCCCAGGAUGGCGGGCUCCGCCGCAGCCGCGGCGCCAGACAGGCCGGCCUCCCCGCUGGCCCUGGCCAGCCCCUUUGCCGUCGGGGGAUUAGUGCAACGGCCCGACGACGAGGCGCUUGCCAAGGCCGAGAGUCCCGAGCAGCCGGUGGACCGGACGCCCUGGAUGCCCAGCGCCCGCUUCUCGCCGCCGCCUUCAAGGCGCGCUAGCCCACCGGCCUGCACCCUCCGGAAGCACAAGACCAACCGCAAGCCACGGACGCCCUUCACCACAGCGCAGCUACUGGCGCUGGAGAGGAAGUUUCGGCAGAAGCAAUACCUGUCCAUUGCCGAGCGGGCUGAGUUCUCCAGUUCCCUGAGCCUCACCGAGACCCAGGUCAAGAUUUGGUUCCAGAACCGGCGUGCCAAGGCCAAGCGCCUGCAGGAGGCUGAGCUGGAGAAGCUCAAGAUGGCAGCCAAGCCCAUGCUGCCCCCCACCGCCUUUGGCAUCUCCUUCCCGCUGGGCGGCCCAGCCGUGGCCGGCGCCUCGUUGUAUGCCUCGUCAGGCCCCUUCCAGCGCGCCGCCCUGCCUGUCACCCCCGUGGGACUUUACGCUGCGCAUGUGGGCUACAGCAUGUACCACCUCUCAUAG